AUGCCGCGGCUUCGCGCAUUUACCGAUUUUCUUGGUGAUGACCAGUAUGUGAUAAAGUUGCUAAAAGGGUUAUGCUUAAAACACCUUGGCAAGAUUUUAGAAGCUGAAGAACAUUUUGCUUACAUUCACGUAAAUGAAAAAAAGAUAAAAUAUGAUCAUUUCUUAAUUCCAAAUGCACUGCUUGAACUUGCUUUAUUAUACCUGGAUCAAGAGAGACAAGAAGAAUCAGUAGAAAUACUGGAGAGAGCAAAGCAAAAUUACAAGAAUUAUUCCAUGGAAACAAGAACACAUUUCUGAAUUCAAGCUGCCUUGCACCAAAGCAAAUCUUUUCAAGAAAAUGGAGUUCAUUCUGUAGCUCCCAUGGUAUCAUAA